UCGAGUAUUUACCAGUCAGUUGUGGUCACGACACGGUCGUGACAACACGUGCUACACAUCAAAUCAAGUGAACGGUCAAUAAAUUUUAUUUUUGUGCCCACGUAAAAGCAAUAAAUUGGGGGAAACAAUGUUGGGCAUAAACAAUUUUGUUAUUUUAUUAUUAUUCGGCUUGAUAUUUUUUAUUGUUGAGGCAAAAAAAGCGAGUGAUAUUAUUGAGAAUGAUCCUGAAAAUCCUGAAGUAACGAGUCCACUGGGAAAAAUCAGAGGAUCGCUUAUGAAAACACGUUUGGGCAAGACCAUUUAUUCGUUUCGUGGUAUCAGGUAUGGUGAGCCACCAGUUGGUCCACUGCGAUUUAAACAAGCGAAGCCAGUGACACCUUGGAAUGAUACAUUUGACGCCUCAGAAGAGGGACCGUCCUGUGGCUGGCCGAAGUCACAGUUUCAAUCAGAAGACUGCCUUCGUGUCAAUAUUUAUACUACGAAGCUUCCAGAAGCAGAUUCUGCACCUCGACCAGUGAUAGUGUUCUUCCAUCCCGGUGGAUUUUACUCCGUGUCUGGCCAGAGUAUUUUUUCUGGACCUCAGUACUACCUUGAUCAAGACAUCGUUCUAGUUACCUGUAACUACAGAUUAGCAUCAUUGGGAUUCAUCAGCACUGGGGAUAGUCUAGCUCCAGGAAAUAUUGGUCUCAAGGAUCAGGUAGAGGUACUCCGGUUCGUACAGAAGAAUAUCCGUAGCUUCAACGGUGAUCCAGACUGUGUUACCAUCACAGGCUACAGUGCAGGUGGGUGGAGCGUCUCACUCCAUCUAGUAUCUCCAAUGUCCAAAGGUCUCUUCCAUCGAGCCAUCUCCAUGUCUGGAUCAGCUACCUAUCAGAAUCCUCUUCCAUUCCACCAAAAAGACCUCGCUGAGAAGCAAGCACGUUUGCUCAAUUGCCCAACGGAUACCACCAGCAAUUUGUUGACAUGUCUGAAUACUAAGUCCUUUGAAGACAUCGUUGGAACUCUACCUAAAUUCUUUGAAUGGCAUGGAGAUCCUAUCUUAGUCUGGCUUCCAGUUAUUGAACCAGAUGUUCCAGGCAUUGAACGCUUCCUUACUGAGCAACCAAUCGAGUUGAUCAAACAAGGAAAGUUUCAUGACGUGCCUUACAUUGCAGGAAUCACCAAGGACGAGUUUGGUGGCGCUGUUGUCGCACCAAUUGAAGAGGCCCGAAAUGGCAGCACAGCAAUCUUCGAUGAUUUGAACGCCAACUGGACUACAAUCGCCCCCAUCAGUUUCCUGUAUGAACGAGACACAUCCAGAUCCUUAGAGAUUAGUCAAGAGUUGAAACAUUUCUAUCUCCAUGACCAACCUGCUGGUCCAGAUAAUUACAAAGGAGUUGCAGAGCUUUACGCCGACGGUGUCAUUGGCUUCAGCGUCCACCGGUUAGUUAACCUGUUGGCCAAGUAUUCAACGAAACCUGUUUAUUACUAUCAAUUCUCUUAUCAAGGUCGUUAUAGUCAUGUUACAUGGGCAGAUAAGAAACCAUAUGGAGUGGUGCAUCACGAUGACUUACUCUACCUCUUCUAUGUGAGUUUCUUUCCAUAUUUUGAAGCAGACGCACCUGAAAUACCAACAGUAAGACGCAUGACUUCAAUGUGGGCCAAUUUCGCCCGCACUGGAGAACCCAUUCCCGUUGGCAACGAUGACUUUUUGAAUGUCACCUGGAUGCCUUUUACGCGAGAAAAUCAAGCAUAUCUUGAAAUAAAUGAUAAUCUUGUUAUAAAACAUAAUUUAAAUUCUGAUAGAAUGAAUGAAUGGGAAAAACUAUUUUUUAUUGAUUAUUAAAUUUAUUGUUUUACUGUAUUUAAGGUGUUGUUAAUAAAAGAAAAUUUAUUUUGCCCAAAAGGCCAA